AUGGAAAAGCAGUUGGAUGGUGGUGAAGCGAUAGUAGAGAUUCCAUGUGGUGAACAUAAGUCGAACUAUAGCGACGAAUAUCGGAAGAUUGAAGUUAAUAACCGACUAACAUCACAGCAGGUCGACGUAGAGGAUGAUGAUGAUGUUGAUGAUAUAUAUCGUAAAGAAGCUACUAAAGCUAAACCGACAGGAAAACUAUGUAAGAAAAUCAAGCUUCUGUUUUCUGUCAAGUACAUUUCAAUAUUUAGUAUAACUAUAGUUUUAAUUCUUAUCAAAACUAUAGACAAACUAGAGAAUAUCGAUAUUUGGAUUUUCGAAUUAUGGGAAUGGUGUGUUUUGAUAUUGGCAAUCUUAUGUGGUCGUUUUCUUUCAACCUGGUGUAUUAAUGCUAUACUUUUGCUGAUUGAAACUCAAUUCCUACUUAAAAAGAAAGUUAUGUAUUAUGUUCAUAGCCUGCGAAAGAGCGUUGGGGUUUUUAUUUGGUUUGGUUUAAUUUUACUAACAUGGGGACUCUUGAUCAACCGAGGUGUUGGUAAAUUAAGAAAUAAAAGCAAAUUAAUUGUGAAGUAUAUUACUAGGGGACUUGCCGCUACACUUGUUGUUGCCGGUCUUUGGAUACUCAGAACUCUGCUUGUUAAGAUCAUAAAUUCUUCGAUUUAUGUCAGUAGAUACUUUUAUAGAAUACAAUACGACUUGUUCAAUUACUACAUUCUCCUGAUCCUUUCAGGGCCCCCGUUAAUGGGGGGCUCAGAAAGCAUUAAUGGGUGUAACUUACCAAGCACAAGGUUUAGUUCUACUAAGGAAGAAGAGGGAGAACAAGAGGCGGAAAUGGUUAUUGAUAUGCUAGAACUCCAGAAUUUAGAUCCCAACAACAUAUCUGUUUGGACGAUGAUGGGGUUAAUCAAAGCUGUAAAGGACUCUGACUUUCCAUUUGAUGCAAACUCUGGUCAUGCUAUAUUUAUGGAUGUAGCUAAACCGGGGCACGAGUACAUCACAGAGGAUGAUCUUUUGCGUUUUAUGAAGAAAGACGAGGUGAAGCAAGUGCUUGCGAGGAUAGGAGGAGAAAGUUCUGAAACCAUAACUAGUAUUACCAACAGGUCCUUCAUUAAUUGGGUAGAGAAUGUGGCAGAGCAUCAUAAGGGUCUAGUGUUGUCCAUAACUGACACAAAGUUUGCGAUAAAGCGGCUAAACAAGUUUGUAACUGGGAUCACAGUAGUUGUGCUCAUAAUCAUAUGGUUAAUUAUCACAAAGAUUGCUACAACAGAAGUGUUGCUUUUCAUCUCUUCUCAGUUCUUACUUGCGAUUUUCACAUUUGGGGCGUCUGCUAAGUCAACUCUUGAAGCCAUAAUAUUUGUUUUUGUGAAAUACCCAUUUGACGUUGGAGAUCGUUGUAUCGUUGAUGGUGUCCAGGUUGUUGUGGAGGAAGUAAACUUAUUGACAACCGUCUUCCUGAAAUAUGAUUAUGAGAAGAUUAUUUAUCCAAAUUCAGAAUUAGCUUCAAAAGCAAUCAGUAAUUUCAAUCGAAGCCCGGACAUGAGCGAUUGUGUGGACUUUGAUUUGGAUGUUUCUACUGCCAAAGAGACCAUCUCCGUUCUAAAAGCCAAAAUUAAAGGGUACAUAGAUCGCAAACCUGAGUUUUGGCAUCCAGAACACACUGUUAGGGUUAAGGGGAUUCAAGAUGUGAACAAGAUAAAAAUGAGCCUCUACGUUACUCAUACGAUUAAUUUUCAAAACUAUGAAAAGAGAAACAAUAGAAUAUCGAAUUUGGUAGCAAAGCUGAAGAACUUGUUCGAAGAACUUGGCAUCAAGUGUCACUACCUUUCGCCAAGAAGUCUAUAUGAUGGUACCUUAGCGGACGAGAAUAUAUAA